AUGGCACUAAAUCCCACGCUAAUUCAAGGACAGGAGUUCCUAUUUCCUGCCAACAAAGGAUCAGAGUUCACGUACCUGAGAAGAGACGACGUAAAAAUGAAGCUCUACCUCCCAGACCGAACGAUAAAGGAGGACGGCAUGAUUUUCCUAACGAGCAUACGUUUGGUAUUUAUCAAAAAUGCACGGAGCAGAACGAACCCAAAUUUCAUAUCCGUGGAGUUUCCACUAAAUUUGAUUGAGAAGCCUACAUUUGAACAACCCGUGUUUGGGUUGAAUUACCUGUCUGGUGUAGUUAAGCCAGUAUUGGAUCAUCCCAACAGUAUAAACAGUACGUGCAAAUGGAACCUGAUUUUUUUGAAUGGACAGUGUAGUAGUUUCCUUAAUUAUUUUUUUAAAGUAUAUGAAGCGGCGAGGAUAAACAGACCGUUAGGUUCCCUGAGCGAAUUUAAUGAGCAAUUUUUUUCAAGUAGUAAUGCAUAUGUGGAUCCCAGUGACCCUACCUUCUUAUAUAUAAACGAACCCAACCCAGAAAAUCUUUACAAUACACAAGGAAUGACGCAAAAUCAUUACAUUACUCCGAACAAUCAGAGCGGCCAAGAUGUACCAGUGUAUAAGAGGCCAUACGCUUCUCAAAAUAGCACGAAUAGCGGUUCGAAUAACAUGCACAGUUAUAAUCAGCCAAAUUUUGUGGGAAGCUACGACUACGGGAGUGGCAGAGCGCAGUACGGCCACCAGCCAUAUGUGCCACUUGGGGAUAACGGGCCAGGGUAUUCGAGCCAGAGUUAUGAAGCCCCGAAUUAUGCAAACCCUAAUAGCGGCGCAAAUGCCAACACAAGUAGCAACCUAUUAUCUCACUACAACCAGCAGGUUAACAGGAAUGCCUACCCCAAUCAGGAAAAUACAAUGUCGCAUUAUAAUCAACAUAGCGGUUUUGUAAAUUAUGAUCAGCCAGAUAACAGAAAUGUGUAUGACCAACAGAGUGGUAACUCUGCACCUCAGGGCCCACGCGUACAUCCAAUGUAUAAUCAACCCAACAAUCAGCAAUACAAUCCUGCAUAUAAUGAGCAGCUUAACAAUUCGAAUAAUCAGACCGGGGCUACCUGCUCUUAUCCUUCGAACCAACAGUCGGGGGAGCGUAACGGUGGACAGGCAAAUAACUAG